AUGACAUCUACUCUUCCUCUUUGGUCUUAUUUUGUGGUGGAUAUUUUGCCUUGUGAAUGCCCUCUACUCCGGGGUAGGCCCUUCUCCAGCACGUCUGGCUUUCUCGGCAAUGGACUGACGCAUACGGUACCCUUGGUACUUCACUUUCGGCUCUCCACAAAACCCGUACCCCUAUCUGCCGCGAUCACCACAUGCCGGCACGGUCGCAUGUCUUUGUGUUGUCGUUGCUGGCAUGCAUGGGUCAUCCCUGGCAUUGCGCCGCCCUUGCGUAGGUGGCCGCUAUCUCUGCCUGCGACCUCCCCACGCCGCCGCCGAAGAGUGACCGCCGUUGCGGAGCAGACGCGACCGCGCAUCGAUGGAAAAACAAUAAAAGAUCCUGGUCAUGACCCACCACCAUUCGAAGUCGAGCUCAAAGAUGUCUGGGUUGCUCUAGGUGGGAAGAACGUUCUUAAAGGGCUCAAUUUGAACAUACGGAAGGGAGAAGCUACUGCUAUUAUCGGGACGAGCGGUACCGGAAAGUCGACAGCACUGCGCGUCAUUACUGGGCUCAUCAUGCCUGACGCUGGUGAACACGCAGCCUUGUUCGAUUCUAUCACUGUCGGGGAGAAUGUUGCUUUCGGCAUGAUGCGCGAGAGAGGCGCCCGCCGAUUGCCAGACGAGCGUAUCUACGAGUUGGUGAAGCUUUACUUGAAGCGCGUUGACAUGGAGGAGGCGAUUGACAAGUUCCCCGAGGAACUGUCUGGCGGCAUGAAGAAGCGCGCAAGUGUAGCGCGCGCUGUCAUCCACGACCCUGAGAAACCCGAGACAGCGCCGGAUAUUCUCGUGUACGACGAGCCGACGGCUGGGUUGGACCCAACAGCGUCGACUAGAAUCGAGAAUAUGAUUCGGGACUUGCAGGAUGUAUGCAAGACCUGCGUGGUUGUGACACAUCAAUUUAGCACGAUUCGACGUACCGCCGAUCGUGUCGUGCUCAUGCAUGAAGGCACUGUCGUUUGGGACGGAUCGGUGAAUGAUCUGGAUACCACGGAGAACCCCUACGUUCGGCAGUUCAUGUCUGCUUCGCUGCACGGGCCAUUGAACAGUGCCGAUAACAUUUUGUGA